ACCCGGAAAAACAACAGCAGUUCGGACUUUUGAUCCCGGUCUCUGUAUAAACUGUCCCUGCGUUUGCAGGUCAUUGCACAAUAGCUUUACUUUAGAAUAUGUUCAAUAAUAAUAUGUAAUGAAGUCGUCUCUGCUUCACGUAUCGGUGCCUUUUGUGGUCUGUGUCGCCUUGGCGAACACCAGCCUGUUCGACGAAGUUGAUGUGGACUUGUCUUCUGACCAUUAUGCAGAGAAAAUGGUUGAUUCUCUGCCCGGUUUCGUGGCGAUGCCCUGUAACUGUCUGGUUAACCUGGCUUAUAUCUACAUGGGACUGUACUGGCUUUUGUGGCACAGAGGCGUCCAAGAAACGUACCAGAGCCGGUACAUGAGAGAGGUAUUCGCCUUCAUGGCUGUGUUGUACGGACCUGUGCAGUGGACACGCCUGGCGCUGCUACGGCGCGCUCCCGCUGUUCUCGACCAGUGGUUCACCCUACCGAUUUUUGCGUGGGUUCCUGUGUGGAUCAGCUUCAUAGAACGCGGGCCAGAGAAGCGGCACGCGGCAGCGCAUGAACUGUUGUCCAUUCUCAGCUACGGCCUGGCGCUGGCGCACGAGCGGGGUUUCGAUUUGGCGCUGGGCUGUCACGUCGUAAUCGCGGUUUACAAGGGAGUUCGCGUGCAGUUGGCGCACGGGGACGGUCGCACGCGGGGCUAUCUGCUGUUGGCGGUGCUGUCAUGUGCGGGGUUCGUGGUGCUGAAGCUGCUGGAUCACUGGCUCGCUCGGUACCGGCUCUUUCAGCGGCUCACCGGACACUUCUGGUCCAAAGUGUGCGACGUGCUGCAGUUCCACUUCAGCUUCUGUUUCCUGACCACACUGACACAGAGGGCACAGGGAAAGAUUGCAGCACAGCAGGAGUGAGAAACAACGAGAGGGGCCCUGAUGGUGUUGGAGAAGAAGAAAAGUCGAGAGACAUUUUACUUUAAUCUCAGAUGGGUCAUUCUACAGAAACGUCCACUUUUGGUAUGGCAAGAUUUUUUUUCUUUUCUUUUUCUAACAUUUAAACUUAGACCACAUUAUUAGAUUACCCUUUGACUUUAUGAGUAGACAUAAAUGACAGCUUAAUGAUUUUUUAUUUUUUUUUGUGCAUGUAUUUAAAGACUGCAUACACCAUUUUUUUGUCACUGGUGUUACCUUACUUCUUUAGCAAUAUUAAAGGUGUUCAUGAAAUAUUAUUUCAAAUUUUUUUCAGUACAUGCAGUCAGAGGUACAGAAAAUGUAUUAUAAUCUAACUAGUAAGGAGAUUAUGUUUUAUUUAUUUUAAUCAGGUUUGUUUAAAGUGUGACUGAAUGAUGUUAGUUCGUUUGCGCAACCAUGUAUUUGCUUUAACAAUGAAAAUAUUUGAAAAACAGUUAUAAACAAGCGAUGAUACAAUCCUUUAAAGCUUAA